UGCACAAGGUGCUCCAUUCCAUUGUUGGAUCGCCUUCAGUGAAAGGAAAAUUUUCCUCAUAUACAGAUGGCGUUUAACGAUUGCCUUAGCUUGACCUACCCUGGUAACCCCCAGCCAGGGGACUUGAUUGAAGUGUUUCGUCCUGGCUAUCAGCACUGGGCGCUGUACUUGGGUGAUGGUUACGUUAUCAACAUAGCACCUCUAGAGGACUGCGUUCCUGCAGCAUUUACAAGCGCCAAGUCUGUAUUCAGCAGAAAGGCCCUGGUGAAGAUGCAGCUGUUGAAGGAUGUUGUGGGAAAUGAUACAUAUAGAAUAAACAAUAAAUACGAUGAAAUAUACCCACCUCUCCCCGUGGAAGAAGUCAUACAACGGUCAGAGUUUAUUAUUGGACAGGAGGUGGAGUAUGACAUAUUUGUCAACAACUGUGAGCAUUUUGUGACUUUGCUUCGCUAUGGAGAAGGACUUUCAGAGCAGGCCAACCGAGCAAUAAGUACCAUUGGGUUUGUGACAGCUGCUGCUGGUGCCUUCUCACUGCUGGGCUUGUUUCCAAAAAGACAAAGAACGAACUACUAUUAACAGUUUACUGAAGACAUAUUGGAACUGAAGG